AUGUAUGGGGGAUCUUUGCCGUCCACGCCGCCGCCCGGCGAGCGACCGAAGACACGUGCUAGGGAUUUGUUGAGAAAGCACUACGGAUUGGGCGUUGGCCCACCUACGCCACUCCCAGGAAAGGUCGCGGAUCCCAUGAAUCUCGACUCCACGGCGUUUGACGCGAGAGCUUACUAUGAGCAACUCAUCACCACGUCGUCGCUGCCGACUCUGUUGAAGCGAGAGAACGAGCUGCUCACCGAAAUCAGGCAACUCGACAGUGAACGGCAGUCGCUCGUCUACAACCACCACCAUGAACUUAUUGCAGCAAGCGAUACAAUUGCUGCCAUGAAGUCUCGAGCUGAAAAUCUGGACGCUGACCUGGACCUCCUGCGAGCUGCAUUCUCCGAGAUAUCGCGUCUUUCAUCAGACAUUUCAGGCCGUGACACUUGA